AUUUAUUUUCCUUCUUCCCCGCUGAAGGAUCCUUAGCCUCUCCUCCUCCCACGUAGAGUUCCCGCGCGCCGCUCCGCCACGGAGGCUCCACAAACCGGCGUAGAACGUGACGGCGGGCCGACGUGGAGCGCGUGGGCAACGCCAGGCGCUUAUCAGUUUUUUUUUUUUUUUGUCGUCGGAGAGAGGAGACGUCCACGUGGCGGGGAGAGGGGAGCUUCUCGGCCCAGCUUCUUCAAGGAAGGAUGAUGAAGACCUACAGACGCGUGUGUGGUUGACUUCAACCAAGGUUUCACACGAGACCUGCCUCCUAGACCAGGUUCUGGAGCUGAUUAUGAACGAGAAGCCGCAGUCCACCAGCGCAACUUAUUUCCUCAACGAGAACGCAGAUAAAACCGCCGUACCUGAGCGGCCGGACCUGAAGCGGCGCAUUUGUGCGGCUAUGGAGAGGAGAGCGAGCAUGAUGAAGGAGAAAAUAGGCUCCAUCAACAAGCAGACCAUCAAAGGGUUCCUCAAAAGAAACCUUUUUGUUUUAUUUACCGUCGCCGCCGUGGCUCUGGGCAUCAUUUUGGGCUUCGCUCUGCGCCCCCACAACUUGUCCCUCAGAGAGAUCAAGUACUUUUCCUUUCCCGGGGAGCUGCUGAUGAGGAUGCUUAAGAUGUUGGUGCUGCCGCUCGUCGUCUCCAGCCUGGUCACAGGAAUGUCCUCCUUGGACAGCAAAGCGUCGGGUAAAAUGGGCGUACGCGCCGUGGUCUACUAUAUGGUGACCACCCUGAUCGCCGUCUUCAUCGGCAUUGUUAUUGUGAUCAUCAUCAAACCCGGUAAAGGAAGCAGGGACAGCCCCAUGGCCAAAGGCGCAAACAUAGAACUGGUCCAAGCUACAGAUGCUUUCCUGGAUCUCAUUCGGAACAUGUUUCCGCCCAAUCUCGUCGAAGCUUCUUUCAAGCAGUAUAAAACCAUGUACAAGAGGAUUGUCCAAACAAGAAACGUGACCGUGAGCCUGAACCUCACUGAUCCGAGCACGAUCAACGCGACGGACGCCGACGUGAACCUCAGCAGGGCGCUUCACACCAUCCAGGAGACGUUGGAGGAAACCGUACCCGUGCCGGGCUCCUCUGACGGCAUCAACGCUCUGGGUUUGGUCUCGUUCUCCAUGUGCUUGGGUCUGGUCAUCGGCAACAUGAAGCAGAAGGGUCAGGCCCUCAAGGACUUCUUUGACUCCCUCAACGAAGCCAUCAUGAGGCUGGUGGCGAUAAUCAUCUGGUACGCUCCAGUGGGUAUCCUCUUCCUGAUUGGUGGUAAAAUCGUGGAGAUGAAGGAUCUGGCGGAGAUGGGCGGCCAGCUGGCGAUGUACACCGUGUCAGUCAUCGUGGGGCUCCUCAUCCACGGCCUCUUCGUCCUGCCACUGCUCUACUUCCUGGUCACCAGGAAGAACCCGUACAGCUUCAUCGGAGGCCUGCUGCAGGCGCUCAUCACGGCGCUGGGAACCUCCUCCAGCUCUGCUACUCUGCCCAUCACUUUCCGCUGCUUGGAGGAGAACAACCGCGUGGACAAAAGAGUGACGCGCUUCGUCCUCCCCGUGGGCGCCACCAUCAACAUGGAUGGCACCGCCCUCUACGAAGCCGUGGCGGCCAUUUUUAUUGCCCAAGUCAACGACAUGGAGCUGAACUUUGGCCAGAUUCUCACCAUCAGUAUCACGGCAACGGCUGCCAGCAUAGGAGCAGCAGGCAUCCCUCAGGCUGGCCUGGUUACCAUGGUGAUUGUAUUGACAUCGGUGGGACUGCCUACAGAGGACAUAACGCUCAUCAUCGCCGUGGAUUGGUUCCUGGACCGCUUGCGUACCACCACCAACGUGCUGGGCGACUCCCUCGGGGCGGGCAUCUUGGAGCACCUGUCUCGGAGCGAGCUGCAGAGUCAGGACGACGAGGUGCGCAACUCCGUCAUCGAAGAGAACGAGAAGCCCUACCAGCUCAUCUGCCAGGGCGGCGACAUUGUGCACAACCACAACAGCGAGACCACGAUGUGACCACUGAGAGCUGCAGUACGUCCGGUGACGCUUCAAUGUGCGCCAGGUGGAGGUGUUUUUAAACGGAAAAUGACGUCGCCCGCAUACCAUUCCAAUUACCCACCGAAUAGCAACGUGCUAAACAUCACGGAUGACAAAUAAGCUAUGCGAUCCAUUACAAAACUGAAAUAGAAUUCAUCAGUAUUGAGCUGGCUGUGGACCCUCUGGACAUUUUUUUGCUGUGAUGUCAGACAUUGCAUGUUUGGGAAUCAUGGUGAGGUAAAAACAUGCCAUUUAUUUGGGCAUCUUGGAGGCACGGUGCCCCACUGCCGCAAAAGCAGGGAAAGUACAGGGAGACCUGGCAGGGGCCAAAGUUACACCAAAAAGCCCAACCACACAAAAUAUUUGUAGGAGUGCUACACUGAAUAAAUAAAAUUAGUCAAAUGACGUCAUGAAAUUACAAGAUUGAAGGCUCAAUACUAUGAAAAAAGUUAGCAAAAUGAUGUAAAAGUACAAGACAGAAAAUUAUGGUAAUUACAAUAAAAAUGUCCAAACAGUUGUCUAUGUGCCAAAACAUUAACUAUAGUGUCGUUAAUAAAAUGUAUAAACUACUGUAGUAUAACUUGACAAAGCUACUGUUAUGAUUGAAAUAUUAGUAAUUCUUGCAAAGAUAUGACCUUAUUCUUACAAUGGACUUUAUGCUCGUAGUUGUAGUCACUUUCAGGAUGACGCUAUACAAAACUGAGGAUUUUGAAACAUUUACGGUAUUUAUAUUUAUGAAUCACUACUUUGUAAGAAACCAGCCUUCUUAAACUCAAACAAAAAUAAACUAUAAAUCGUUAUUGGAUGAUGACGAGCAUGCCAAUGGUUUUGUUUACUUUUCUUAAAUUGAAGGUUGGACUCUUUUAUGAUGUCCCAAUUUGGAGGUUCCAAUGUCCCGUCAGUAAUCAUGACGACUACCUCGAAGGGAAGCUGGACAUGGCGCUUCGGCAAUGUGAAACAGUAAUUGUGCAUUUUGUGUCUCAUUUUCUCAAGUUUGCGUACAUGCUGUAAAUGUUCAAAUGCGCAUUUACUUGACUGUUAAACACUGGACUUUGCUACCUAUUGUUUUAAAUCAGAGUGACUUGCCAAGGGGUUUUGCUUAUUGACUUCUUGUGAGUCUUAAUAUCUGUGUGCUUUUGAAAACUGUACUGCUCACAACUCAUUUAAAUGCACAGUGAGUAUUGUUUGUAAAGAAGGGCACAAUUUUAAUGAUCUUUAUUAUUUUUUCAUGUAUUAGUUGGGUAGCUUAUACUUUGAUGGGGAAAAGAUGUUACAAAGUAAUAUUUGGUAUUGAGAAGCGUAGUGUAGGGAAUUGAAUGUGCAGUAGUUUCAUGCUUUUUUUUUUUUGUGCCGGACGCUUAACAUGUGAAUGAAUAUUAUUGAAUAUUAUGAAGAAAAGUGAAAGAUUUGUAACCCUAUGAGGUGAUGUUUUUAGUUUAAAUAUUUUUGAAAUUGUAAUUUAAGUGAAAGUUGUGUUUCCCCGGGAGUUGAUGGCACAAUGUGGUGAAAUAAAUGGCUCAGGAAUGAAUACUUUGAUUACAAAGUGUGUUUGUGGCUACCCCUGGUGGACGAAGUUCUCCUGCCGUGGGUCAAGGUCUUUGGCGAUAAAUAGACAGUCUCUAAGUCGUCCGCUAAAAGAUCAGGCACAAAGACGUUAUGGAUGGAGCGAGGGAGACACUUUUGAGGCAGACUCUGGCAAAUAACAGGUGACGAGCUGCUGACAGUUUACUUGGCCUACGGGGAGGAGAAAUGACAACAAUUCUUUAAGAGACAUUUAUUCGUAAAGAAGCAGCAGCAACAUGACAAGUGAACGUAGGAGAAUGGAGAAAAAAUAACAUCUAAAGGUACGUGAAGUGAGA